UGACCUGAUCAGAGACCAAUUAAGUUUGAAGUUUCAUUUCGUUCAACCCAAUUUAACCUAGAAUUCCUCCUACUCCUCAAGUCUUCACAAGAAUCCCAACUGUUUGUCAUCUUCUCUUUUGUUUUCUACUAUGCCUCCUCCUGCAGCUUUAAUGGGGACGACGACUAUGCGGGAACCAGUUCGCCGACGGAGAAACUCUAUUGCUUCUUCUGUAAUUCCUGCAAAGCUCAAUCUUUCUUCUGAUGAGACCUUGAACUUCCCUAUCGUUAACGGUGGAAGUAAAGUCUCACAUGCCGUUGACGAUCUCGAGCUUAUAUCAUUAAGGACGCGGACGAAUUACACGUCUUUGAAGGAUCUCUUGCCAUCAUCGCCCGCCGCUGGUAUCCAGUCUCCUAGGGCUGUUCCAGGUGUUGAGUCUGGGUAUGAGAUCUGCAUCAGAAAUCGACUUGUUAAGCAAGCGGCUUGGGCUUAUUUACAACCCAAGUCUGUGACGCCGGGCUCCUCUGGUCGACAUUUCUUUCAAAGGAUUUGGGACAGAUUCCAAUUCCUAAGGGAAUACUUGAGGAAUUCGGUCAAUGCCUGCUUUGAGUUCUUGAAUCAAUACGUUGUUUCCAAGAUUGCUCGUGUGUUUGAUCGGUUGCUCGGAUUGAUUUGGGUUGGGAGGAACAAGGAACGGUAGCAGCGAUUGCGACAAUUGAUGGUAACUCCGACUGUUACGGACUUGUGCAGUUUCACAGAAUAGAUUCUUCUUUGCGAAUUUGUAAAUAAUAUUUCUCCUUUUUUUCA